CCACCCACAGUCGCGUCAGCCACAGCCCAGAAUGCAAGCUCUCCAUUUAUGAACGAGGACCGUGAACAUUGUCUUUCUUCAAAGACUGCUCUCUUGUAAAUUUUAGAACAUUUUGGCGUUGGAGUAACAUAAGUUUUCGUCGUGGUGUUCGAGAAAAUGGAAUCUAAAGGUCUUUCAUCGUUCGCUCUGCUCCUCCGCUUUUGUUCCCUCGUCGCGGCUUUGCGCUUCGUUCAUGGAGAUCUGAGCUAUUCUUUUCCAGAGGAGAUGAAACGAGAAUCUGUCAUCGGAAAUGUCGCCAAGGAUCUCGGGAUUAAUCCGAAGAUUUUAUCCUCCAGAAAGGCCCGUCUGGAUUUUGAGGGGGCUCGGAGACGCUUCUGUGACAUCAACAUGAACACCGGAGAUUUAAUCACAUCGGAGAGAAUUGACAGAGAAAGCCUUUGUGGAAAGAAGCCGUCGUGCGUCGUGAAUGUUGAUCUGGUUUUAGAAAGCCCGUUAGAGCUUCACCGUGUUAGUCUCCAUGUUCAAGAUGUUAAUGAUAAUUCACCGACAUUCAAGAAAGAGUUAAUUGAAAUGGAAAUUGGAGAAUCAGCAGAAAAAGGAAAUCGCUUUUCAAUCGAGGAGGCCCAUGAUGCAGAUAUCGGCCAGAAUGCAGUUCAGAGAUACACGCUGCAGAAAAAUGACAAUUUCAUUCUUUCCGUUGAAAACAACAAAGUAGAACUGGUGUUGGAGAAUAAGUUGGACAGAGAAAAACAAGAUGAGAUGAAUGUAGUCCUGACAGCUGUGGAUGGUGGAUCUCCGCAGAGAUCAGGUACAGUAAUUAUUCACGUUACUGUACUGGAUGCAAAUGAUAACGCCCCAGUUUUUAGUCAAGAGGUUUAUAAAGCCACUCUUCCUGAAAACUCUCCUCCAGACACUUUGGUGAUCACAGUUAGUGCGACUGAUGCAGAUGAAGGAGUGAACGCAGAUGUGACGUAUGACUUUGGUCACAUGACUGAA